GUUGUAACCAUAGAUCCAGUGCUAACAUACAGCAGGUGAGAUCAUAAACAAACAUGGCGUCGUGUGGUGCAGCUGGGACCGGCCCCCUCGUCCUGAGGGUGAUCUCAAACACCGUUAAAAUAGUUAACAGCGCUGGAAAAAUUAUCAAGGACAUCAUGAAUAGCGGGAACCUCGGUAUCGUUGAAAAGGAAGGCAUCAACGACUUGCAGACCGAGGCAGACCGCUCCGUCCAGCGCUGCAUUGUGACCUCCCUCUCCCGGCAAUUCCCCAAACUGACCAUCAUUGGAGAAGAGACGCUAGAGGAGAAGAAGAUAAGCGAUGACUGGAUCAUCACCGACCACGACAAGGAUGUCCUGUCAACAACGCUGCCAGAUGAACUCAAGGACGUCAAAGAGGAAGAUCUUGUCGUUUGGGUGGACCCCUUGGACGGGACGAAGGAGUACACACAAGGCUUUCUGGAUCACGUGACCAUACUGGUUGGGAUCGCUGUGCAGGGUAAGGCUGUCGGUGGUGUCAUUCAUCAGCCUUACUACAACUACCAGUGCCCGAGGGAACAUGAAGCCACCGCACGGGUGGAAAAAGACGUCUACAAGCAAGGACGAACUAUGUGGGGGAUUGUCGGUGUUGGUGCAUUCGGCAUCAAGCGCACGCCACCCCCUGCCGACAAGCGGAUCAUCACCACAACGCGUUCCCACUCAAGUCCGGUCAUCAACAGCUGCAUCGAGUCCAUGAAGCCAGAUGAGGUGCUUCGUGUUGGUGGAGCGGGACACAAGGUGCUGCUUUUGAUUGAAGGCAAGGCACACGCCUACGUGUUCCCGAGCAAGGGAUGCAAGAAAUGGGAUACCUGUGCUCCGGAGGCAAUCCUCCAUGCCACUGGAGGACUCUUGACAGACAUCCACGGCAACCGGCUACAAUACCACAAGGACGUCGAUCACGUCAACAGUGGCGGUGUCCUUGCCACUUGCCUCAAGGAACAGCACGAGUGGUUCAAAAAUCACAUUCCCCCCGACGUUGCCAAGACACUGCCCGUACCUUCGACACAAUCCUAGCCACUGCCUACGAAGGAUGCAGGACAGCAGAGUUGUGUGUGGCUUAAGUCCCUGGCCAGUUUCAUUCUUGAUAACGGUUUCUUCGGUUCUAGCUUUUUACACAUUUCUAGACCACUUUAGUCGGUUCUCGUGCUUUUGUUGGGAGUGGAGGAGGACAUGCGUAUAUUUUUUCUGUUAUGCGCUAUUCUGCGCACUUGUUACAUACCAUAUUUGUUCUUUAACUCUGUGUAAGGUUGUAGAAUGAGUGUACAACACUACUUAAUUUUCAUCUCUAUCUACAAAAAAACUGAAAUGGCACAGUGGCGCCUUGGUGAACUCUGAUGUGCGCCGCUACGUAGCUUGGCAAGUCAGAAGAAUGCUGACUAAAAAAAAUAAUUCCCUAUAAGUUACAAUUAACAAGUUCUGAUGUACUGCAAACUAAUGAUAAUACAUUGAUAACGAUAAUUAAUGGUGUUAUAACCUCUAUUUAUGGUGUUAGUUACCAGUCUACCAUAAUUAAUUUCUCUGAAUAUGCAUGUUUGCUUUCCCUGCCACAUUUUAGGUAUAGUUUAGAAUCAUGUGUAGUAUGCUCUUCUGGCCCAAAUAAUAGGUUUAAUUUUUGUUCAGUGCAAGAUGGCAAAGUGUUCAAGCUAUCACAACCUUUUUGAAUUGCUAACAUGACUACUUUUUACAUCUGCAUUCCAUUUAACUCAUGCAUAAUUUUGAUACCAUUGUUAUAAAAACGAAGUAUUCUUUUAUCGGUUUGCAUUAUCCACUGAGGAGAGAGCAAAUACAAUUUUGCAGGUAUUAUAAUAGCAACAGCAGUGUUGAGUGUCAUUGCUGCGCUGAUGUUUCUAAUUUUGAGAGUUUUAUUUGGAGCCCGGUGUCUGGUUUUAGCCAUUGCACUCAUUGUUGACUGUAAUAAGAGCUGUUGGUGUAAUAAAUUCACUGUUGUAAGCAUCGA